AAAACAGAGCUAUCAGGGUUUAAAAGAGAAAAGAGAAUCAUUGUUGUUGUUAAAGAUAAUAUUCAAUCUAAUAUGCGCAUUGUAAAUAUUUUUGUAUAAAAAUAUGUGUGCUAUAAAUGUUUGCGCAUAUUACCUACAAACAGAUAAGACUCAAUAGUAAAAUAAUUUACUUUUAUUAUUUUGUACUAUGGCAAUUUCAAUGACUUGACUUUAUUGACUAUUAUUGACAAUUUUUUCCAAACAGUCUUUGUGUCAAACUCAGUAUGCAUAUGUGAAUGAUUUCAAAGAGUUACGUAAUUAAGUAUUUUGUAAUAAAAAAGCACACAGACUUAAUGAAGUGAACAAAAAUCAUCUAGGUAAAUUCAUAAAAUCAUUUUACGUAUGUCAGAAGAGUGAGGGAAGGACUGUUCAUCUAAGAUGAGUCUCACAGAGAAAGAAAGUGUAAGAUCACAUGUGUUCAGCCCUAUGUCUGUGAAGAGUAACUGGUCGCAUAAAGAGCCACCAAAUCUCGAUGAGAAAACCCCAUCAUCACCUACCAAAAGUGUAAGAUCAGAGUCACAUAUGUUCAGUUCUGCAUCUCUGAAGAGUGACUGUUCAAAAAAGGAUGUACCCAACUUCAGUGAGAAAACACCAUCAUCACCUACCAAAAGGUUAAGAUCGGGUUCACAUGUGUUCAGCUCUGUGUCUGUGAAAAGUGACAAUUCAAUGCACCUUCCACCUAUUAUUAGCGAGGAAACACCAACAUCUACCAAAAGUUACAAAGGACAGAAGACAACAGUAAAUAUUGGAGCAGAAUUUACACGGUGGCAAACAUUGAAAGCACAGAAGGGUCUGAAGAGUGAUGUGGAACUGGCAACUUUUCUUCUCAACAGGGUUCAAUAUGAGAAAUCAGACUCAGAAUUCCAAACCUACCGCCUCCGUAAAGAGUUCAGUGAAAAUCGCCUCUGGAUCUUCCAGGUAUAAAGGUCGGCUUCUGCAUUUGAACACCAUUCAUUGUAGAAAAAUCACC